AUGACAGACACUAAGUCAUUUGAAUGUGAUAUGGAUAACGUGGACAAUGAUGUUGUAGCUGUUACAAUAACGUCAUUACCACAUCAACCUAUCGUCGAAAAGCACAAUGACAAAUAUAAAAUGGAUUUGAAGUAUGCCAUAGAUGAUAUCCCACCAUGGUAUGAAUGUAUAGCGUUCGCAGUGCAGCAACUGUUAUCCAUGGUCAGUUCGUCAUUGCUUUUUCCAUCAAUUAUUGUUGGUUUAUUCUGUGUGGAAGAUGGCAUGAAAGACGACGUGUUCGCAAAACUCUUCAGUGCCGUUGUGUUCAGUGAUUCAGUUGCAACAUUUUUACAAGUGACUUUCGGAUCCAGGUUGCCAAUUGUUCAAGGAAUUAGCAUCGUCUACUACUUUUCCGCAGUCGUAACGAUGAAGUUACCAGAAUGGGAAUGCGUUCAAGAAACAUUUGUUAAUGGGUCAACCAACAUGACUAAUAUAUCUGCCACUGUUACUUGGGAGGAUAGGGCACGCGAG